GUUAUCAGUGAUCAGAGAUGGCGGGCGCCUCCGACCCCCUGGAAGAUAUGCUCUUUUCAGAGGUGGAUGAAAAAGCUGUUAGCGACCUAGUGGGCUCAUUGGAGUCACAGCUUGCAGGGCAAAGCAACCCAGUGGGGAAAACUGACGAAAACGGAGGCGCUGGCUCUGUGGCCCCUGCUAACCAUCACUUAGGAAAAACGCUACCAGCUCCAGUGAGCACAACACUAGAACAACAACAACAAGGACGGCGUAAUAAACCUGAGAUGCGCCAGGAAAUCAACUCUAAGGACGUUAGCCUGGAUAAAACUGUCACGUCUCCUUCACUAGACUGCACUCCUUCUUUUGUCGAGCCCUCCGCCACUUCGGUCGCCUGUGUGAACACCACGAGCGGCGGUUCGCAAUCACAUGGAGCAUCCAUCACAACACUGACCGCAUCUGGUGUGUCAACUUUGGCGUCUCCGCAAGACAGCAUCAGCACGGCACCCGGCCGGAGUUUUAAGGUUAUCUCGGGCUCAGGUGAGCUUCCCGCGGAGGCUAACCCACAGAGGAAACGAAUAACGACCCCACGGAGGAGCGCUUCGGCUCGGAUAAAGAGUUUUAACGGCGCGGCUGUAACGACGAGGAGGAACAGUAACACAACGCUGGGCGAAAGCGCUAGCCCGGUGGAUUCUAAUGCAACAACAACAACAACAACACUAAACUCUACGCGAACGGUCACAUCCUCAAUUAACACUUCGACUUUUACUCUAUCAAAUGCAAGCCUGCCCGUAGGUCAGUCAGCCAUCGCUCUCGACCGGGGCACCCCUACUAUCGCUCUGCAAAGACUCCCGAGUCACAUCGUAGCCAGUAUUGCCCAAAACGGGAACGGGACCAGUGUUUCGGCCCUGGUCCAGCAGGGCACACGCGUGGGUCCCGCCGCCUCUCCAGGUCCCCAGGGAGAGGUCAGCAAGACGGUCACGGACACCGAGGCUUCCAAAACUGACGACUGUCAGUCCAAAAUUGUCAUGUCAACCCAGUGUAGUAGUGUGAGUUCUGUCAUAAACACUGUAUCCUCAGCUUCCUCUGCUGGCACGCCGGCGACCACCCCGGCACCGGCUGCGACCCCCACCACCACCACAGUAACCCAGCCCCCGAGCGCCGCCGCCACCACUGCUGCCUGUGUGACGGGGAUGGCUACCACCUCUGUGUGUGCAACUGUCCAGACAACACCAGUGACAGCAGCAGCCGGUCCCACGGUCAGGCCCGCCGCCCCCUCUCCAACGCCGGCCGUGGCCGCCUCCGCACAGACUCUGCCCCGUCCCGGACUCGCAGCCCCUCAGAGGAUCGUAGCCCCCCAGCUGAUUGUCAGACCCCCUCAGCCGCAGACGACCAUUCAGCUGCCCCCGGGGUUUACCAUCCCACCGGGGAUGGUGUUGGUACGCACGGAGUUAGGCCAGUUGGUCAUGGUUCCUCAGCAGGCUCUGGCUCAAGCUCAAGCUCAGGCCCAGAACAACGUCUCUCCACGACAAGCGACUCCCACCACAGGGGCCACCUUCAGAGUAACAACGCCACAGCAGUCUCCUGUGACCUCUCAGACCACCAGGCAGUGUCCUUCGACCCCGGCCAAGAUGGCGCCUUCUCCCUCUCCCACUCCUUCCAGUCCUGCCCUUCAGACCUCCUCCUCCUCUUCCUCCUCCUCCUCCUCCUCUUGCCCUGCACUCCGCCCUAAGGGCCCCGUGGCUCCGGCCGUGGCGGUGACGGCUCCGCAGCAGACCCCCGCGGUCACGGCCCCCCAGGCCCCCCCGGCCCAGGCGGCCUCCCAGCCGGCGCAGCCCGCUCAGCCGGGCGUGGCGGCGGCGGCCCCCGGAGCCCCCGUCGUGUCCCAGGAAAUGCAGGAGAAUGUGAAGAAGUGUAAGAAUUUUCUUGCCACGCUCAUCAAACUGGCAUCCCACAACUCGCCCUCCCCUGAGACGUCCAAGAAUGUUAAGGCACUGGUUCAGGACCUGUUGGAUGCCAAGAUUGAGCCGGAGGAGUUCACCAGUCGGCUGCAGACAGAGCUCAAGUCCUCGCCGCAGCCCUACCUGGUGCCCUUUCUCAAGAAGAGCCUCCCGGCCCUGAGGCUGUCUUUGCUGAACAGUCAGCAGUCCCUGACCCAGCCCCCGCAGCAGGGAGUCAAACCGCCGUGCGGAGGCACCCCUCCCGCCAUCGUGGCGGGGCCAGCUGUCCGUAUACGCCACCCCAACAGCGUCAGCACCAUCGCAGGUGCCAGCGCUCUGCCCGCCGGGACGCUGGGACCCCAGGCUGCCAUGGGGGUCAAGACGGGAGGAGCUGUCGGUGGCCAUGUCCGGAUGCCCAUGGUGAUCACACAGUCCAUCAGACCACAGGGCACGAUGGGGAAGGGAGCCAUCAUCCAACCGGGCAAAAGUCCCAUGGUCCUGCCUGUGCAGAUCUCCGGGAAUCAGAAAAACAAGCUCAACGACCCCGGAGGAGGUUCUUUCAGAGAUGAUGACGACAUCAACGACGUGGCCUCCAUGGCCGGGGUCAACCUGAACGAGGAGAGCGCCAGAAUACUGGCCACCAACUCAGAGCUGGUGGGAACACAGAUCCGCUCGUGUAAAGACGAGGCAUUUCUCCAUCCUGGGCUGCUACAACGACGAAUUCUCGAAACUGCCAAGAAGUUCGGAGUGACAGAAGUCCCCAUGGAAGCAGUUACGUUCAUCUCACAUGCCGCACAGUCACGGCUUCGGACGGUGGUAGAAAAAGUUUCUAUCAUUGCACAGCACAGACUGGACUCCUGUAAGGACGAUGAGUUCCACGAGCAGUCCGCAGACGUCCGCUCGCAGCUUCGCUUCUUCGAGCAACUCGAAAGAAUGGAGAAGCAGCGGAAGGAUGAGCAGGAGAGAGAGAUCCUUCUGAAAGCAGCUAAAUUUUGGACUCUGAGGAAAACAAAUGAGUUUUUAAAGUGUGGAAAUUUAGAGGGUGCUCACUUCCUCUGA